AUGGAGUUCCUGAGCGACAAAUUCGGCCUCAAGAGCCCCCCGGCGGCGGCGGGCAAAGGAGGCGACUUCUACCUGGCCUCCGGGGGCCCCCUCGAGCACGUAAUGGAAGCGCUGGACGGCGGAGAGGCCUUCUACGGCAAAGGCGGAGGCAAAUGCGUUGCCCAGGCCGCCUAUAACCCGCACGCCAGGCUGGACAGGGCGUCCCCGGGCAGGGACGGCUCCGGUGAGUGAAGGGCUGGCCGCCACCGCGGCAGGCAGUCCGCCCGCACUGCGGCCCAGGAUUUGGGGCGAGUGUGUGAGGUGCGGGGUGGGGAGAGGGUGUCCGAAAAGCUGUCCGGGAUCCGCUGCUUGGAGCGGCUCUCCUCCGGAAAGGGGUGGCGUGGCCUUCUGUGUAAACGGGAUCCGGGUAGGCGAAGCGAAGCGGGUUCCUUUGAGCGUCUGCAUGCAGAAUGUUUUUGGAAAAAUUUUUUUGGGGGGCGUGGGCAGUUCUCUCCUCUCCAGCAAAGCUCCUCGCAUACACACACGAACGCACAGCAGGCCGGACAAGAUUGUGGCCCAAUCCACUGCAGAUUUGGAGUGUUCUUCUCGGGAGAACACCCCCCUCUUUUUCAUCUCAGAAGAAUCUGGGGCGCAAACGCGGUUUUCUAAAAGGUAAUGGCGCCUUGGAGGCACCUCGAGCGGGGACGCUUCUCUCACUGUGGAGAAGCCUCGCCAAAGACGGUCGCCACCUUAGUUAUAGAAUUUAGAUUAGUUUCUCCGCAAUCCCAACAGCCCUGGCCAGCUAGAAACAUCCCGAUCCGAGGACUUGGAAGCCCGCAAAAACCGGAUAGCUAAAACCGGUUUCCUUCGGGGAGGAGAGUGUUUUUAGACGGGCCGCUCAUUAAAUGAUGAAAACGAGAUAAAAGUUGACAAUGUGAAGGUGAUGCUCCUCUUCUGUUGCAUUCUGAUUUAACUUUAACUGACGCCCGUGCCUGUAAUUCCUCCGUCGGAAGUUGCGGCAGCCGCCAAGAUCCAACGUCAAUUCAUCCCACCAGCAGCCGGCUGGUUUGCAAAGAGGAUUUUACCUUCCGACGGCCUCGGGCUUUUCUUCUUCCUCUUCUUCCCCUUUUAAAGUCCUCCUUCGGGUGUCACGCAGCUUGGAGGCGUUCAGCUGCCCUUGCUUUUCUAGUUGUUGUUGUUUUUUACUCGUGAGCUCUGAAGCUGCCUCCCGCAGGACCUCAGAUCCGCUUCCCCGCUCACCCCUGUCUUUAGGGAUCUGAGAAAGAAGGUAGCCCCCAAAGUCAGCAUUUCAAAAAGAAAACACUCCCCCGACUCCUUUCCUUCUCCGUCUUUUCCCUGAAAGCCAAAUCUGUGGAAGGAUUUACAGCCGGAGUCUGGGAGGCGAAGGAGGGACCAUAACGCAAAACAGAGAGAGGAACCGCGGAAGGACGCACAUUUCGGUCUUGCCCUGCUAUAGAUUAAAAUGGGCCUUUUAACUUUGCGCGUGUAUGUGCUUAUAUAUAUAUAUAUAUAGAAAGAAAGAAAGAGAGAGGUUGUAAAGGCUUUUGGCUACUACUGUUAUUACUCCUACUACUAUUAAUAGUACCCCGCCCUUUUAUGUGGGUUGCCCCAGACACUCUGGGCGGCUUCCAAGAUAUUUAAAACACAAUAAAACAUUACACUACAAUAAUGCCUUUAUCUAUCUAGUGUGCGAAUGCCCUUUACCCACGUAUUAUCUUGAUCGUCUUCUAAAUCCGUCUGUCAUCUAUGGGUUUUAAGCAUAUGUAAUAACAAAAGUUGGCAACACAAACAUAAACGGAUAAAUUAAUAAUCUCAUCAUAUAGACUAAAUUAUAACGACAGGCAAAACGGCGGCGCGCAGUUUAAUUACACAACAGAAGGAACAAGGAAGACAUUUAACUGUCAGCAACAGAAAAGGUAACAGCCAGGUAUCGCAGGGAGUCGCGAAUAAGCCAAAAUGAUCCUUCGGGAGCGGCUAAAAUGUCCCAAAGCGACGAGAGAGCUCUAAUGAGUGUGUAUGUUCAUUAUGAAUGCUAUUAGGUAUAUCAGAGCAUUUUAGAUCUUUAUGCUAUUACUGAGGAAAUUGGAAGCCGAAAUGUUUAACUGCCCGACUUACCCCCCCCCCAUAUUAAUAUACAUAUUUUCCCCUGAUCGGUUGCAUUCGUCCAGGAUACGGAGUGUAUUUGAAUGCACCACCAUUUUUCUGAUCUUCUCUCACACUACAAUAUUCUGUCACAUCCGAGCCACAAUCCGGUUAAACCACAGUGCUCGAAUCUGACUCCAGUGGUUUUAAAUUCAAAUAUUAUAUCUGCUUUUGGGAGAUCAGUCGCCCGCCCUCCCCAUCUUUGUCCGCUGCUACUUUCUUUACUUUAGACUUUUCUUGACUGAAAACAAAAGAAACGAAUAAACAAACAAAAACUACCACGGAAGGAGCAAGCAGGGGACUGCUUUCUCCCAAAAUUCCGUCGGCCCAUUUUACCCUUUCGCUUACUUUUCUACUCACCGGAAGUGCUGACUAAGUUUGCUGGAACAUCUGGUCGUGUCUGUAUAGUAACCCUCCAGUCUGCCAGCGCUCCAGAAAAACGAGAGUUCACAAACCAAAAUGCCAAUCCAAACCGUCUUAAAAAGCACACAAAUGUUCAGAUCGUUCUUGGUCAGUUUCCUCCUCUUCCUCACCGUCGGAAAUGAUGAUGAUAACAGUUCUACAAAAUAUGCAAGCCAUUACAAUUGGUAAUACCAUAGGAUCAUAGAAUUGGAAGGAACCGGCCAGAAUCAUGUAGUCCAACCCCCUUUCAGUGCAGAAAUAUUUUGCCCAACUUGGGGGUCGAACCCACGACCCUGAUAUUAAGAGUCUCAUGAUCCACCGGUUGACCUAUACCACUUGGUGUUAAAACCAAGGGACACGUCGAGUAAAAAGAAAAAUCUCGUGUCUACUCGGAAGUAAAUUUCGUGGACUUCAAUGGGGCUUACUCGUCGGUAAGUGUGCCCGUUUAGUUGCUGCCGCGGGUCAUGUCAGUGGCAAUUAUACUUCCGCCCCUUAUUUAUAGAUGCCAUUUAUACUUCCGGCUUUUGAUGAAUUCACUUGCCUUUGGGCAUCAUCCGUAUGCUUUCUUACACCUUCCUGAUCGUUGCAAAUAAACCCCACAGAUUUCCAUUAGCAUUGGUUGGAAUGGGGCUCGUUAAAUGUUCCAUGGGGAGGGGAAGAAGACUGUGCUGCGCGUGGUACAUUAGGUAGCAAAAUCUAUAAAAACUGUCGCAAAACGCGCAACAACAAAAACCUGCUUUCAAACACCCAGUUUUUCAUCUCGGAAUGCAGCGCGACAUUCUCUUCCUCCUUAACCUGCUCGCUGCCGUGCGUGCUUUCAAGCCGACAAACCAAUGCGAUGUGAAAUGUUUAUUGCAACCUCGUUGAGUUUAACGAGGUUGGAGAUCUUUCCCAUUAUAUAUAGCGUAUGUUAAAGCAAGGCGAUUAAAAAAGGAAAUUAAGCCAAACGAUAAAAGAAGCCUGUCUGAAACUUUUUUUAUGUCUUGUAAAGUGGGAUGGAUUUUCUUGCCAGCAAAUGUUCCCCGGGCCAAAGAUUUCACAGCAGAAUUUUGAUUCUGUUUGCUUUAACGUUAGACUCAACAUUUGCCUGCCCUUUGCCGUGACUGUGAAAUCUAAAAACGAUCAGCUCUGUUUAUAGUUCAAUAUUUGGAACAGUAAUGAAGAAUAUAAAAAUGAGGGAAGUAUAAGGAAAUUUUUGUAAUUCCAUGCAUCAAUCUGCCUAAAAAUGUCUAAAUAGUAACAAACAACACAUUUAUUAUCCUGCUGCAAGAGGUCUGUAAAUACGAUUCUUAUUCUGAAUUAUUGGAAUGCUGCUUUGAACAUUUUGGAAUAGUAAACCUAAAAUAAAAGAGAGAAUCAAUACUUCAGUAGGAAGCACAAGCACAGCACAAACUUAUGUGGCAGAAUAUUCUUCUAGGUAAGUUUUUAGAUCACAGCCUUAAGAAUCAGGUUUUUUGACAUCAAAAUGCAAUAUUUUCCUUGGUGCUUAUAAUAAUGGAAUCUGUUUUUUUUAAAAAAUAAAAUAAAAAAUACUCCCAUUUUAAUAUUGUUUGACAGCAAGUUCACACAACUUCCAAAGGCAAUUAUUUUAAGUGUGUAGGACAAAAGUGGGAGAAAAGACCCACAAGAUCCUUAGGCACAGAAAAAGUGAAAUAAUCCCUGGGGAAUCUAACAUUGCAUGUUUGUGAUAGGUUUGCCAUAAUUUGUAUAGGUUUGGUUCUUAUUUCAAUUUGGGUCAAUGCUGGAGGACAGUACUGAAGCAUUUAACAGAAAGUAAUACUAGUGGUAGGGUGUAAAUCGUUGCCGGUUAGCUGCCUUUAAUUGGGUACCUUAAUUCUAUAUUUUUAAGAACUUAUUGCUGAGAAGACUUGACCUACUGUGAACUCCUGUUCUAUUUUAUAGCCCCAAACUACAUUUACUCAGAAGUAGAGCCCUAUUAAAGUCAAUAGGAAAUGUGUUUGCAGCCUUACGUGGGUGCUGGCUUCACUGAUUUCAAAGGUGCUUACUUCUAAGUAAGUGUGCUGUUAUGGGUCGCAGUCUGUGUCUGGUUAAAAUUACAGAAAAUGAACAGGAGGGUGUAAAGAAAUUACAGGGAGUGGCAGAGAGCGUUAAAACAAUCUUGAAAGGGCAGCUUGGGUGCCAUCCUUUGUAAUGUUUUACUGCCCUGAAGGACUGGAAUUUCUCUACUCCCCACCUGUCAAAAGAAAGGGGGGGGGGAGUUGGAGAUCAUUCAAAUCUUGUAACAGGCUGCAUCAGUUAUCUCAGAAAUAUUUAGCAAAAAAGGCUGGGAAUUAGUUCAGAAGCUAAAGGGGGAAAAUACUUUAAUCCUUAUCUUGGGCAGCAAGUGUUUUUUCAAAGAUAAAUGGUUCUUGUAGGACGAGUGCAAAAAUAUAGGAAAUAAUCUCUUUGACUGAGUUAUGAUUUUGAAGAGAACCCCCACCACUUUGUAAAAAUACUCCUUAAUUAAAAGCAAAGCCGCUAUACAAAACCAAGAGCAUUAAAAAAAAAAAAAAGUGGGGCGUUUUUAUUUUUUUUUCACUCCCUUCAUUAUUCUUGAUUCACAAGUGCGCUUCUUUUCCACAUACCUUUCUUACACACUUCCCUCCCUUAACAAUUUAAAGCUACUAUAAUGGCUUAAAAAAUGAAAUAGUUUGGAAAUUCAUCCAAACAAAGCACUUUAUAGAAAGUUUUCAUAUUCUCUUGGGUCUCUGCAUAUUUAAGCAGAUGGAAUUCUCUUACUCCCAGGUAAGCAUGCAAAGGGCUAUUGCUGAAGUACUUGAGGGUGAAAGCUGAAAUAGGUUUGGAAGGGACAGAAAUGAACCUAAGCACACUUAUAAGAACAGAUGCAUAGGACCGCAAUGUGCCUUUGCAAGUCUAUUUUGAUCUGAUGUUUAAUACUACUACUACUAAUGAUAAUAAUAAUAAUAAUAAUAAUAAUAAUAAUAAUAAUAAUGUAUAUGCUGCCCCAGCCACUCUGGGUGGCUUCCAACAAAUUGAAACAUUAAGCACAGUAAAACAUCAAACAUUAGAAACUUCCUUAUACAGGGCUGCCUUCAGAUGUUUUCUAAACGUUAGAUAGUGGUUUAUUUCCUUGACUUCUGAUGGGAGGGCAUUCCACAGUGCAGGCACGACUACUGAGAAGGCCCUCUGCCUGGUUCCCUGUAACUUCGCUUCUCGCAGUGAGGGAACCGCCAGAAGGCCCUCGGAGCUGGAUGUCAGUGUCCAGGCUGAACCAUGGGAGCGGAGACGCUCCUUCAGGUUUACAGUGUCUAUUAUUUGGUUUGCUUGCACUGCAAAAUGCAUAGUUGUGAUUUGAAAUAUAGGCGUCUCAAAGCAAAUUCUCUUUGAAUCUCCAUGGGACUGACUUCCAGGUAAAUGUGGUAGCUGGCACUUUGCAAGAAUGUAUUCCAAUAGCAUGACUUAGACAGCAACCCUGUAGAUCGGGGCUAGCCAAUAUGGUGGACUACAGUUGCCACCAUCCCUGCCCAUUCCCCAAUCUGGCUGGCAGUGAUGGGAGUUGUAGUUCAACAAGAUCUGGAGGGCACCACACUUGGUGGGCACUUUCCCUGGGAGUAAGUCACAUUGAACUCCAGUAGGCAUGCUAAGGUUCAAGAAAGGCAUGGCUAAAGGCAGUUCUUAAUAUAAGCAGUCUGUGAUUCUGGCAUGGACUCUUCCUCUUCAGCUGUAGCCAUUUCAAUAAUAAUUCCAUCCCCACUUCCCCGCAAAAUGCUUCCAAAUUUAAAAACGAAAGGAACCCCAACCCAAGCUUGUUUUCCCUUUGCUGUACAGUGAACUAUGGAAUUACCAAAGUGGAAGGUCAGCCACUUCACACCGAGCUGGGGAGACCUCUGGACAACUGCAACAGCCUCCGCAUGUCCCCCGCCAAAGGGAUGCAGGAGAAAGGCGAGAUGGACGAACUGGGAGAUAAGUGCGACAGCAACGUUUCCAGCAGCAAAAAGAGGAGGCACCGGACCACAUUUACCAGUUUGCAGCUGGAAGAGCUGGAGAAAGUGUUCCAGAAGACACACUACCCCGAUGUUUAUGUACGGGAGCAGCUGGCUCUGAGAACAGAACUCACCGAGGCCAGAGUUCAGGUAGGAGCUGCGGUUCCAUCCAAAAACAAAGCCGCUCAUUCUGGAGGCUAAAAAAGCUCAUUAGGCUGAGCAAGAGCCUUGUCUGAAUUAUCCCUCAGACAGAGGAGGAUGUUGUGUUUCGAUCUGAGGCUGGGCCAGCUGACUGCGCGUCUAUUUUGGUAGCUUUGCUACUCAACCAGUAAGGCAUGUCAGCAGUCGUAAUACUGAACAGAUUGUUUCAAGGGCUUCACAUCAUUUCAAGUCCCACAGAGCUUUAGGUACCUGACUGGAUGCCUCUUUCUAUAGGUGCCGAGCUGGGUCUUAAGAUCUUCCAAAGUGGCUUUUAUCCUCUGAGUAUGGUCUCCUUUUGAGGCAUGAAAUAGACAGAGAGGGGUCUUCUCAGUGGUGGCUCCCCAUUUCUGUGGAAUGCUCUCCACAAAGAGGCUAACCUUGCAGCAAUAUUAAUGUCAUUGUGGUAUGAGAUGAAGGUUUUCAUAUUCUCCUAGGCCUAUUUAAAACAACAAGUAGUUUUUUUUAAAAUCUAAUAUCGGCAAUCUUACAGAAUAUUAUAUGUCAGUUCCUCUUCUGGUAUUGGGGAAAGAGGCUUAGCAGUUCAGUGCAUUGCCAUCUGUUGAGUAAUAGCCAUUGUUUAUUAAGUAAUAUUUGUAACUGUUACCUCGGCUUGUUUUUAAUAUUUUGUUGUGUGUCACCUAGAGGCCGAGGUAUUAGGUGACAAAUAAAUUUGAUAAGUCAUAGCCAUCAGCACUAGCAGCUGUUGUUUCAGCAACUCUCACAACAGUCCUGUAAGGUGGACCAGGGUCAACGGGCUGAGACUAAAGCACAACGGCUUGCUUAGUUAGGGACAUCUACCAAAUUUGUGGGUUUUGAACUGAGCCAGACUAGCCAUAUUUCACAUAUUCAGGGCUUUAUUUUUGCAUGAUGCCAAAAGUGCCUUUGUGCCUUUGCUGCACUGUUUGCAUUCUGGAUGUGGGUGAUGUUAAUGAGGGAAAGAGAGCGGAAGAGAGGAACACAUAGUUCAUGCAAUACAUUAACAUUAUGGGCUCUGGAAAUGCAAAAGCCAGUGUAAGCAAUCACACAUGACAAGGAUUUGCAUCUGCAGAAUGGUUAUACAGUGUUGCACAAGAACUAUCCACAGUCUCUAAAGUGUUAUAAUUACAGUUUCUAUGUCUCCGAACCAUUCUGGACAGUGAGCUGACACUGCUGUGUGGCAUUAGCAGUAUUUUACUGCUAAUUUACUUCUUCUUUGGCGAUCACUCGUAGCUGAGUAAGAUUGUCUUCCAUAAACACGGUUUUAACAAUGAGUCCGUAAGUGACUGUGGAGGCCAAUUCUGGAUCCACACGUCCUUCCACAGUGGGGACUUUGGUUUCCGGGUGGGAGUUGAGCAUGGUGAGGGUUUGCCAAGCUUAGCACGUUUCUCCCUUUCAUCAUAUCAGUAUCAAUGAGGUGUUUUAAAAAGGAUGGAAUCUUGUAUCCUAUGGUCUACUGCAUUAACCUGACAGGCUUCUAUGCUUUGUUGUUAAUCCCCCAUGCUUAAUGAAUAAUGCCAUGCUAAUUGUUGGCUUAAAUAUCCUUGUACAUCUUUGAAUGUGAACACUGAUGACUAAUUAGGGCUGUUUAACACAUUACCCCCACCCCCCUCAUUUUAUGCUCCACACAUCUAAGCUAUUUAAAUGGUACACUUAAAAAUGCAAAUUAUGAGCCAUGUACAUGCAACCAUCCACACAGCUAGGACUGGCAGCCUGUGACCUGUGAAGCAUAUACGGUACUCAGUGGCCAAACCAUUAUGUAAUGUAUGAAAAGGCUUCACAUUAGUUAUAGCUAUGCUUUUCAGUGUACGUUCUCGGAAGCAAAUCCCACAGAAGUCAGCAGAGGCAUGUUCAGAAGCUUGAAAACAUAAUACACACUGAUGCUUAAAGGAGAAAUGGGUGUGCAGUUUAGCAUGGUUACAUCACGGGGUCAUAAACAUAAAACAGUUCAAAGUAGAAGUUUUUUUAAAAAUACAUGCCGUCCAAUAAACUCUUGCACCUACUGUGGGUGGAGACAAGAUGGGAGAACAUUCUUUGAAUGGGAGAACAUUCUUUGAAUCAAAGAAUGAGACGAAGUCAAUAAAGAAACUGAAAAUUCAGAGACCAAAAUGUGUUCUGCAGUACAUUACAUUGAUUCCAGUGGAACUUACUAAACAUGCAUGCUUUGGCUAACUUUUGUAACUUAAAAAUAAAAGUAUUGGUUUCCUACCCCCCCCCCAAAAAGAUUAAUCCAUGGAAGUUUUUAGAAAUAACUGCUGUCCAUUUAAAGCAGUCUUCCUUGAACUGGCAUCUUCUAUAUGUUUUGGAUUCCAACCCUCAAAUAUCAUUUCUAAAAAGUUGGAGUCCAUAGCAUCUAGCAGACACUGGGUUGGGGAAGGUCAUUUUAAAAGCAUUUGCAUCUAGAAAAACAUCCCGAAUACCGUAGCUAAGACCACAAAGAGUCUUGUGGCACAUUAAAGACUAACAGAUUUAUUAUGGCAUAAGCUUUCAUGGACUAUAGGUCAUGUCACUUCAUCCGAUGUAUGGAGUGUUAUCCUGAGUUGCAGGUAUGUAUAAAUACCAUGGGGUUUUGCAUGUGGGGGUGUUAGCCAUGAGGUCAGAGGGAAAUUGAAUGCAGAGAAGUACAGACAGUGAUAAAUACCUAAUUAGCAAUAGUAAUUCACAAAACAAUUGUUGAUGACACAGAGAUCCUGGCAUUGGUCAGCCAAUUAACAUGCAUAACGUGCUAAAAUCCUUUGUCUCAGUCCAGUCCUCAAUCCCGAGGACUGUGUGGGUGUAAAAGAUGCAUGCAAAAACAUGAAGGACGGAAAUCUGGAUUAUGUCUUUUUACUGUUGCAUAUGUAUGUAUGUGGGUCUUUCUUUUCAUUUUUUGAUGGGGGAAGCACCACCCUUCCUCUAGGCUUUGGCUGUCUGGAUCACUGCCUAGUACCUAUUGGCCUGGGUCCAAAGAACUGCUUAGACUCAGGAAAGGGAUUUGCUUGUUUCCCAGUGGAAUUUUUGGCUUUUCUGUCAAACAGCUGACUCCCCCAUGGCUAUAUCGCAAGCCACUCUUGAAACUUCUCUUAGUUUGCCAUGUGCCAGGGGAGAAUAUAGCAAGUUUGAGGCUGCAGUUCUAGACCAACAUACCUGGGAAGAAGCCCCUUUGAAUUCAUGGGCAAGGGCUGUAGUUCAGAGAUGGAGCAUCUGUCUUUGACCUAGAAGGUCCCAGUUUCAAUCCCUGCUGUCUCCAGGAAGGGUGAGGAAAAGCUCUUGCUUGAAAUCUUGUUGAGCAGCUGCCAGUCAGAGCAAGCAGUGCUGAGCCAGAUGGACAAAUGGUCUCUGACUUGGCAUAUGGCAACUCCCAAUGUUCCGUAUCAUGUUCCUUUCAGGCAUGGUGAGCUUUCACAUUGCUGUUAACAGGGGCAAGGAGUGGGGGUUGUGCUGAGCAGUCUCACCUCCAACACCGUGCUGUUCAGCCUGCCCUUCCUCUGAUGUCUACACUAACAGCACCAACAUCUGUAGAGAGGGUGCCAUGGAACCGGAAUGCUUCCAGAUUCCAUUGAAAGCUUUGGGUGUACAGCUAUGCACAAAACUCUUCACUGCAGACCUUUGUAAAGUAAGUGCCACCCAGUGGUGUAGCAUGGGUUGCCAGCACCCAGAGCAAGUAAUGUGUCUUCUAAGGCAAGUAUUGCACCUGCUCAGGCUGGGGCACCACCCCUGCCAUGAGUCUUGCCAGCCAUCCUCUCUCAGCUCCUGCCUGGCAUGCUGCUCAGGUUUGAUGAGCAGGUGGGAUGGCGAGCACCUCUUGUCAGGGCAGCAGCUGCAGAGGCACACCCCUAAAACUUUUUGCACCCGUGUUUCGCAAUGUGGAGGCAACCAAUGUCUAAAGGGAGCUUCCAAGUUGACAUGGGUAGGAUUGCACUGCAAAGCUUUCACAACCAGCUUCUCCGUUCUUUGGAUCCUGCCCACUGAGCCGAAUCAUGUCCCAUUGAACACCACAAGAUAAAAAUGGGAAAACAGUUUGCACAUGCAGAAAAUGCUGCAGAUCGUGAUAAUUUGCAAACCAAAUGAACCGUCAAAUUCAGUGAAAUAUUUUUUCAUUAGGAGGUAAUAGAUUUUUACAGUCUCCUCAAUGGAUGCCUGCCUUUAGGAGGUUUUGUACAGUGCUAAAUCGGGAGAACAGCUACAGAAGCUGGAUUUUUUUUUUAAAAAAAAUCUGAACAGAAUAACUGACAAUGUGAGGUUUACUCUUCAGACUGAAUACAAUUUUGUAAUUUGAAAAGGCCUUGCUAAGAAAUAAAGGAGACAGAUAUUGAAGCAUGAGGAACUGAACAAAGGUGUCUGUUUCUGAACUUUUCAGGGCACUGGCACUUAUAAAAAGUCAGUUUGACAAGAUAUGCUCCUUCACUAGCAGAUCUGCACACAACAAAACAAAACAAACAAACAAACAAACAAACAAACAAACAAAAGACAUGGCUAUUCUCAGAAUUCUAAAAUGACAUCCCUCCAAUUGCAUUCCUUCCCCUUAAAUCCAGAAUGUUCAGCAACUCUUUAGACUCUGGAUUCUCUUUGAAUGUCUUGGUGCCAAAAAAUAAACAAAUUGGAGGUUAUUUUUAAGUGUGUUUCGGAGAGUAAGUUCACAGAAUCCAGAUAUCAUGCUUUCAGAUUACCUGCCCCCUUCAUUUGUACCUUGAUGUUGACAUAAUUGCAAUUUCUGUCAACAUCAUUUUACACUCUUUGAGUAGAGUCAAGAGAUCUGGCCGUAAGUGGGAUGGAGCUUAGCUCAGAUUUAUCUUCUGGGUUGCAAUAAGUUUGGGCUAUCUCAUGCCACAUUGCUGUCCAAGAUGGGUAAAGGUGCCAGAUUCAGAUCUGUCUAGUUUUGUGUGGAGCACGAUAAAGAGAGCGUGGAUUUACAGUCUGUAUAUAUUAUGUGCUCUCCUUGGAACAAAAUUGCUGGUUUCAGUUUCCCCCCUUGAGAAUGUUUAUUUUAUGCUUUGUGUACACAGAGAUUUCCGUGCUUAUUGAACUAAAUGCCCUGGAUUUUUGCAUUUCUGAUCAGCCUACUGAAAAAGGCCAAUGCAAGAAACUGGGGAUCUUUCUUCCUCCGAGUCUUCCAUCACAAUAUUAAGCAAUUUUCAAAGGCCUGACAUCAUUAGAGACCCGCAUCUGGCUAGGCAGGGAUAACAAGCAGCAGAUUGUUGCCUUGUUUUGUAUAGGCAAAUGGUUACUUUAUCUUUGCCAAGAGCCGGCUUUGAGUAAAUCGAUGUAAACAGAAACAUUUUGGGGGAGUGUCAGCAUUAAAAAAUGUGGGUUUCUUCCCCGUCAGUUCCUUUAAAUUCAAGCAAAUUGUUUUAUUUAGCUUAGCCAAAUGACUGGCUGGAUAUGCUCCGUACGUCUCCCUUCCGCGGCAUUUCAUCAAGAUCCAAUUUAAGUUUCGUCCUGCAUCCAUGCCGAGAGAGUCAGCCUGAACCUAAUUUAUCAGACUUGUUCUCUUUCCUGCCGCAUGUCAGUGGAUUAAUUGGCACCCAGCUUAAGGAGAUUGUCAAGGACUUUUUCAAUGAAAGGGCCUCAUUACUAAAUUCCCAUAAUAUGUUCUCUCUGCCUCCUGCGGAGACAGCAAGGGGGGAGGGACUGGUUUCUUGUAGCCUUCGGCACAAUAGAUAAUACAAAUUUGCCCACAAGAGGUGCAAUCCUGCAAUUGGUUAAGGACUGGAAUAGCCCCAUUGACUUCAGUGGAAUUUCUGCACGAAUCGCUAAGGGCAGGAUUGCACCGGCAGCCUAGGUUCAUAAAAAGAAAAGAAAUGCUUAACAGGUUUGAGCCGGGGUUGUGCUUUGAUUGUUUUUUGGGGGGCAUUUUUCAAAACUGACGCAUUAAAUUCGCAACGGGUCUAUGGAAAUUAAAAGGCCGUCCCUGCUGCUUUGGGCAAUAUUAGGAAGGGGCGGGUACAUGUGUGUUUGGGUAUCCUGAAGGGCUAAAAGCAAUAAAUAACCUCCACAAAUGAUUAACACUCAAAUCAGUUUCAGAAACAUUUCUGUUUAAAGUUCCUGCUCCGAUAUUAGAUUUGAAAUGCAUUAAAGGCUUUAGUUCUUUCCUCGUUUGCUGAUCUUUAAACAUGAGCCAGGGGGAACAGCACUAUUUUUGAGCUGAGUUUAACGCUGUGUAAUUUGACCAGAAAUGUUGUGGCACGGAGGAGAACAACCUCCCUGCCAUUUGACACCACAAUGCUAUUUUGAUAUUUGUUUCAAGUUGCGUUUUGUUGUUGUUGAAAGAAACAGGAUCCAUUUAUUUAUUCAGAGGCUUUGAAAUAGGGUGAGUGAGAGGAGGGAGUAGCUUUGGCAACAAAUGCUAUGGUAAUAACGUGUAACUCACAUGAACAACCUUUUGGCAAUAAUUUAUAUAAAUAUGUGACUAGUGAUACGAUUUAAAGUUUCAAGCACAUUUGUCGCACUGUAAUGACUUUCUCUGGGUGCAGGAGCUCUCUGUGUCUGUCUGUCUGUCUGUCUGUCUGUCUGUCUGUCUGUCUGGAGCUCCUCUGAUCACAAAUGCUUCCCCUUUCACUUCAACGGAGUGUAAGUAUUCUUUGAUAUGUGUGGAGCUUCCUCUCUCCAGAAGUGAACAAGGGAAAGCACAAGUGCAGGAGCGCCACAUCAUUACUGUGGACUAUUGUAACGUAUUAGGCAUGGUGCUGCCUUUGGAGAUAGUUUGGAAACUUGUCAUUCCUUUUAAGAAAGCACCACUCCACUCUUCUGUUUUUCAUUUUCAAUGGUCACUGUGCUCAGCAUGCUUAGUCCUCCCUUCUAGGUUGCCCCCACUCAAUCUUUUUUAAAGACUCAGGGCACUGCAAAGUGCCUUGCUGAUGAGACGCUAGAGUUCCACCACCUUAAUUCCCCAUACACAUAUUUACAUCAAAAUUAGCAUAUGCAGAUAUUAUGCCAUGGACCUGUGGCCCAAGUUCUUUAAGUACCUAGGGACUUCCCUGAUCCUGGUGGCACUUACUAGCUGAGUUCACUAUUUGAUGGAGUGAAAGCAUCCUUUGUAUGCAUCAGAAGUGGGGAACCUGUGGCCCAUUGCUGAACACCCAUGAUCCUUGACUGUUGUCCAGGCUGGCUGGAGCUGGAAUACAACAACAUCUGGAUUCUUAACCCAACCAACAUUACAGGUUCCUAAUUCCUCCCCUACUUUAUGAAAUAUGAGGAGCAGGAGCUUUCCCAUCAUUUACCGUUGUGGUAGCAAAAUUAAGGAUGUGUCUAAUUUUUUAAAAGAGACCUACCUGGCUCCAUCUUUGAUUGUCUUUGGUGGACUAUGAAAUAAUGUUUAUUCCAGUAUGCUACCCCCCCAAUGUGUUAUAUGUGAAAUGACAUCAUGCUGAGGGGUAUAGUCACAUUUUGUAAAUGUUACUGCUAUGACGAUAUUUUAAUCUGUAACUUUAUCCAUUUUGUGUACCAUUUCAAGCAUUUUUCUUUUUUUUAAAUGGACAACAAUACCCGAAAACCAAUAAAUAUAAAAAAUAUGUAAGUCACAGAAACCUAGACUAGAGAGAUCACCAUAAAGUAUGCUUGGCCUUUAGAUUGCUUGCUCUAAAUUUUUUUAACUAGGUCAUCCCCUUCCACCAAUAACAUUGUUUGGGAAGGCAUUCAGUCAACUCUCCUGAAGGGAUUUUGGAAGUAACCAAGGGAUGCCCUUUUUAAAGUGUGGUGGUGACAGGUUAACCUGAUCCAUCAUGAACAUAUGGGAGGGCUGGAACUCAGAACAGGGUGACUCAGAAUAUGAAAUCUGAACGAAGCCAGGAGACAGUGGGCUGCCAUCUCAGCAUCUGCCAGAGCAUUCAGAUAACUGAGUCCUACACAAGACAGUAAUCUGCUGCUGCUUUUACCAGAUCAGUCACAGUCUCACAGUUCUCCUCUAGCCAAACACCACAAGACAAUAAAAAUAAGAUGUUUGUUACAUUAGGAUUGAAUAAGCUGUUUUAUUCAGAGUUAGACGAUUCAUCCAGCCAAUCAUAGGAGCCAGCUCCUAGGGGCCAAGGCCCUUUUGGCCACCCCAAUAAAAUAUUUGAGCCUCCCACCUAAGUUGAUAGGCAUUGCCAUUCAAAUGGUGUUUGUGUGCACCGUGUCUUGUGAUUGAAUGUGGGGCUUGCCCCCCCAUAUUUUAUUCAGGUUGACACCCUUGCAGUAAUUGGCACCAAUUUAUUGACCUCUUAUUCUGUCUGGUGAGGGACGCGGGUGGCGCUGUGGGUAAAACCUCAGCGCCUAGGAUUUGCCGAUCGCAUGGUCGGCGGUUCGAAUCCCCGCGGCGGGGUGCGCUCCUGUCGUUUGGUCCCAGCGCCUGCCAACCUAGCAGUUCGAAAGCACCCCUGGGUGCAAGUAGAUAAAUAGGGACCGCUUACCAGCGGGAAGGUAAACAGCGUUCCGUGUGCUGCGCUGGCUCACCAGAUGCAGCCUGUCACGCUGGCCACGUGACCCGGAAGUGUCUGCGGACAGCGCUGGCUUUCGGCCUAUAGAGUGAGAUGAGCGCACAACCCUAGAGUCUGUCAAGACUGGCCCGUACAGGCAGGGGUACCUUUACCUUUUUACCUAUUCUGUCUGGUAGCAGAUUCUAUGUGUUUCCAGCACCAAUGUUGUAUAAUUGACUUGGGCCAUUAGGCAGUUUGAGACGGCCUCCUCAGGCAGCAGGAGCUAAGGGGCAGGCUGUGGAGGUUAGAUGAUGGAGGACAGAGCUGUGUGUGCCAUGCGGCCAAAACAGCACCUCCUUAGCCAGCCUGCUGUCCUCAGUUGUGGCAGAGGGACAUGGUACUGUCACUGGUGAUAAGAAUAUAAGAAUAGCCUGCUGGAUUGGGCCAAUGGCCCAUCUAGUCCAGGACCCUGUUAUUGCAGUGGCCAGCCAAAUGCCUGCGGGAAACCAGUGAGCAUAACACGAGUACAAGAGCACAGUCCCCUCCCAUGGUUUUCAACAACAGGCAUUCAGAAGCAUUGCUACCUCUAACUGUGGAGGUAGGGCAUAGUCAUCAUGGCCUGUUGCCAUUGAUAUCCCUCUCCUUCAUGAGUUUGUCUAAUCCUAUUUUAAAGAUCUCCAAAUUGGUGGCCAUCACUGCCUCCUGGGGGAGUGUGUCCAAUAGUUUGACUAUGUGCUAAGUGCAGAAAUCCUUUUGUUUAUCUGUCCUAAAUCUUGCAAUGUUCAGCUUCAUUGGAUGCUCACAAAUUCUAGAGCAGAGGUUGGAUGGCCAUCUGUCAUGUAUGAUUUAGUUUAGAUUCCUGCAUUGCAGGGGGUUGGACACGGGUGGUGCUGUGGUCUAAACCACUGAGCCUCUUGGGCUUGCCAAUCAGAAGGUUGGUGGUUCAAAUCCCCGUGACGGGGUGAGCUCCCAUUACUCUGUCCCAGCUCCUGCCAACCUAGCAGUUUGAAAGCACACCAGAGCAAGUAGAUAAAUAGGUACCGCUGUGGUGGGAAGGUAAAUGGCAUUUCCAUGUGCUCUGCCUUCCAUCACAAUGUUUCAUUGCACCAGGAGCGGUUUAGUCAUGCUGGCCACAUGACCUGGAAAGCUGUCUGUGGACAAACACCAGUGCCCUUGCCUUGAAAGCGAGAUGAGUGCCCCAAUCCCAUAGUCACCUUUGACUGGACUUAACUGCCCAGGGGUCCUUUACCUUUUCCUUACUAGAAGACCCUCAGGGUCCCUUCUGACUCUACAAUUCUAGGAUUCUAUUAAUGGGAAAGAACCUUUUCUCUAGCCACGUUCUCCUUUCCGUGCAUAUUUUAAGAAACUUACAUCAUGUUGCCUCUUACUCACCUUUUCUCUAAACUUACUCUAAAAGUAAGUCUUGAAGUAAGAUUCAGCUGCCAGCUGUGGAGGGGUAUGUUAUCUUGCCCUUUGCCUCAGGUCGUCCCCCUGAGUAGUCUAACCGUUGUUGUCUUCUCUGAUGUAGGUCUGGUUCCAAAACCGAAGGGCAAAGUGGAGAAAGAGGGAACGGUAUGGGCAAAUCCAACAAGCCAAAAGUCAUUUUGCUGCCACCUAUGACAUAUCUGUUCUACCGAGGACUGAUAGCUACCCACAGGUAUUUAAUAUAUCAAAGCUUUGGUUCUUUAACUGCAAGCUCUCUGUGUUGACACUUCUGAAAUCAACUCAUAUUUUGGCCAUCGUUGGCACCCAAGCCAGAGCCACAUGGGGCACUUUGGCGUGUACCAUGGGGUUCUUGCAUGGAAAUCUGUAACAUCCACUGGGGAGAGAGAGUAAGCACAAGAUGUACUUUUUAGUUUGAGAGGAACUCUGAUCUUCCUUCCUGAUCUGAGGCCAAGAAACAGCCCUACAUGCACUAAAAUGAAUGGGACAGCCCCGCAUGUCAGGGGAGCUGAGCUCCAUGUGUUCAUUGGAGUUUCUCCAGCUGUAAGGAGUUUCAGUGACUAGGAUGAUUGCUUCCUAAUUUGUAGGUAUGAUUUAAUUAUAAUAUAUAUUAAGCGUUUUAAUAGAAUUUCUAGAUGAGUACAAAUUCUUGAAAGGCAACCAGAUGGUAAAUGUGUUACACUUAUGAUCAAACCAUUGUACAAUUUUGCUCUUUAGAUUCAGUGCAUUUGUUAACUAUUAGAAGAAAUCUAACCUCCUGUAGUAUGAUAAGACAGUAUUUCUAGUUGGGGUUUUUUUUUUUUGGCAACUUAUACUCUGCUUGACUAAGAAUUCUAUAAAAACAGUAAUUGCAGCCAACCAUCUGUUUUCUUUUUAUUCCUUUCUGUGCCCGACCAUUAAUUGUAUAAUUUUAUUUUCCUUAACACACAUUUUUUAUCCCCCCCCCUUUGUAAAUGUCACAAGGCAUUGUAAUCAGAGCAGCUGAAGUGUUCACAAAGAUAAACAAAUAGCUGUUGGAAUAUUGUGGGAAUGUAUUCCUAUUAAAAAAAGACAGUUUGGAGGAAAUUCAUUAAACUCUUUCCAAAGUCACAAAGUUGGAUAGCUAGUAAAACGUCAGGCACUUGCUAUUUGUCUGGCAUUUGAACCAUUUUUCUCUUUGGCCAAUUUGGCCAAUUCUUCAAGGUGAUUUAGGCUCCCUCACAAGUCAUAAAAUUAACCAAAGGUUAUCUACCUCUACCUCACACUAAAACAGAAUUUAACUUUGCUGUAAUCGUAAAGCUAAUGUUAAUUGUUUUUUAAAGUCUGAAAUACACGAGAUUUACUUCCAAGUAGAAGUAUUUAGUCUGGGAACACCAGAGUUGGGAAAAUGGCAGCACAAUUGGUGGCAACUGGGUGGCACUUGCCAAACAGCAGGUGACUUUGUGAUCUCAGUGUGAGCUUUGAAAUUUAGCCUGCAUCCUAUGGCCCCUUACAUAUGUAUAUCCACCUUACUUCUGAGUAGGCAUGUAUAGAAUUGCACAGUUAGCCUGAUUUCCUGAAAUUUCUAGGUAUAUGUGUAUUCCCCCUGCCAUAUGCGUAUACUAGAUAUGCCUGGGGGGGGGGAGUAGGAAAAUUCCUACGGGCUCCACUGUCCCUAACAUCUGGAUGUUCAGUGUUAGUGUGAAAGAGACCUACAUGUCUACAACUGUGUGUACGUAAUCAGGACGUAAUCCCUGCUGUAUGCACACUAAUGCUGAACACUGGGAUAGAAGACCAGCAUCUGCAAUAUCGCUCCCUCUGCCAUCAGUGAACGUGUGGCAGAGCGAGAAUGCAUAUGCAUCAAUUUUAUAUGUUAUAUAAAUCACAGCCUGAAUUAGCAGCAGCCAACAUAGCAGAUUGUCAGGGUGAGCCACUCUCCAAAAGCACCACCUUUAAGGAACCCAAGUGAACUUUAGGUUACAUUUCUGCAACUGGGCAAUGCACGGAAUAGCUCCCCAUGUAUUUAAAUGCAAAGUGGUUAUUUGAGUGACCGGCCUGGGGCUAUUCAACAGGCUCCAAGUCCAAGAACAGGGACAAAGAACCUGUGGUCCUUGAGAGAUGAUGUUGGACUACAACUCCCAUCAUUGCUGAUCAGUGUCCUUGCUGGCUGAGGCUGAUAGGAGCUGGGACUUGGGAAUGUCACAACAUCUGGAGGGUCUCAGGUUCCCCAUUCAUUCUGGGCAUCUAGGCAGCCACUGGGAUCCAGUUCAUUUGUUCAUUUGUUCAUUCAUUCAUUCAUUCAUUCAUUUAUUCAUUCACCAUCUGUUGAGUACUCAGUAGGAAGAGCAGGUGCCCUGUAAACUAGGUCCCAAGGUUCUGGACACCUGGGACAUUGCCACCAGCCUGUUCAGAGGUGUCCCAGGUGUAAGGAGUUGUGGGACAAAUCAUUUCCAGAACACUUGAUCUUCCUACUGAACACUUGGACACUCAAAAACUACCGUAUUUUUUGCACCAUAACACUCACUUUUUUCCUCCUAGAAAGUAAGGGGAAAUGUCUGUGCGUGUUACGGAGCGAAUGCCUACGGAUGGUGGGGGGGGGAUCUGUUGCAGUCGUGAGCAGAGGAUCCAUGGUUCCCCUUCCUUCCCUCCUCCAUGGCUCGCUUUGAAACAGCAAAGCGGGAGAAGAGCUGCUGAGUGGGGAGGAGAGAGGGACAUAGAGCCUGCUUCUUUAAAGGAGCAAAGCAGGAGAGGAGAGGAGCCUUCUCCUCUUAUACCCCUCUUCUGCAUUAUUAACAGCAUCCUUCUCCACCCACCCCACACAUGUUCCUUGUCCCUUGAGUGCUUUUCCUUCCCUCCCCACUUAAAAUGUGGUUACAAAGCACGGAUCCACAUGGAUCCUCAGGAUUUUUGCACUGGGUCACCCCAAAUUCACCAUCAGAUCACAUAGCAUGUCCAUGGCUACAGCUUGCACCAAAAAAAUCACGCACCCACUGUUGCCUGGGGCCGCAGUGGUGCAAAAACGUGGUUACAAAGCAUGGAUCCACAUGGAUCCUCAGGAUUUUUGCAUUGGGCUACCCCAAACUCACCAUCAGAUCGCAUGUCUGUGGCCACAGCAUGAACCACAAAAAUCAUACAUCCACUGUUUCGUUUAGAAUAUUUUUUUUCUUGUUUUCCUCCUCUAAAAACUAUGUGCGUGUUAUGGUCGGGUGCGUGUUAUAGAGCGAAAAAUACGGUACAUGUCCCAUGAUCUCUAGUAUGUAUGAUACUGUUUUUCAUGAUAAUGAUAAUCAUAAUAAUCAUCUAAUUCAAAAAACAAUUAUUAUAACAUGCUUAACAUUCUGAGUAGCUGUACAAAAAACAAAAACAGCUUAUAGAUGUCAAAACAUGAGCUGCUUAAAGUUCUGGAUCUCUUAGUCUCUCAGUUGCACUCUGUCUCUGUGUGUUUCCUUCUCUCUGUGUUGUUGGCAUCCAUCUCAAGACACACACACACACACACACACACACACACAAUAAUAGAGAUUGAAUGGGACCACAGAAUUCAGAGUUGUUGCUGUGAUUACUGUCAAGCAUUUAAACAUUUGUGAUCACAGCGGAUCUAUUUAAAUUAACGGGCCUAACUUAGUCAUAUUAGUUCAUUUCAGUGAGUCUACUCAGAAUAAAUCUUAGUUGAAUUUCACUUAUUAUUAUCUCAUUUUCUUUGGGUGGCUUACAAAACCAAAAAGAUGUGCAAAAACAAUCUCAGCACAAAUAACACAGCAUCAAAGAACACCAAAACCAGCAUGAGUGAAUAACGGUAAUAUAAUAGCAAAUGCAAAGCAAUUUGUGCCCAGAUCUAAGUACACUAAAAACAUAUAAUUAAGGGCCCUGUGAGAAUGCUCUUAAGUGAAGACGUUCAGGAACAAUUUCUGUUAUUUUAUCUGUUUAUGCCUGUGUGUCCAUCCUUCCUCCAAGUAGCCAAGCAAUAAGUCAGAUGGAGAAAACAGCAUGCCAAUGGCAACCUGGUAAAUGUUGUGGCAUAGGAGAGAGUGGAAUCCAGAGUUCCUCUCAGGAAUGGCUGAAGGAACUGGAAGGGAGCCAUAGCUCUAUGGUAGAGCAACUGCUUUGCAUGUAGAAAGUGCCAGAUUCAAUCCCCAGCAUCUCCAGGUAGGGCUGGGAGAGACUCCUGUCUGAAACCCUGGAGAGCCACUGCCAGGCAAUGUAGACAGUAUGGAGCUGGAUAGACCAGUGGUCAGAGGCAGUUUCCUGUGUUCUCAGGGAAUCUUUGCUUGAGUCUAGGAAACAUGGGUAGUUGCAGAGAAUCAAAAGUGGGGGAGAAGAAGCUGAGUCCCAAAUCCCUGAGUUUAGCAAGGGGUUGUGGCAGUGGGAGCUCCAGAUCCAUUUAGGCAGAGUUAUCAGAAUAGCACAGUCAACAGCAGCAUAUUUCACUUAGAUCACCAAAGCCUGCAAAGUCAGUGGUUUGCUGAUCCUCAUCAUGACAUGCCUUUGUAUUUAGCGUGUCUUUAGCUAUUUCUGAAAAAUAUUUAGAUCCUGCAGUGCCCUGGCCUAAAUGGGAUCUUCAAGGUGCCAUUAGUCUAGCUCAGUAUUGUCUGAAGGGACGCAGGUGGCACUGUGGUCUAAACCACUGAGCCUCUUGAGCUUGCCGAUCAGAAGGUCAGCAGUUCAAAUCCAUGUGAUAGGGUGAGCUCCCAUUGCUUUGUCCCAGCUCCUGCCAAUCUAGCAGUUUGAAAGCAUACCAGCAUGAGUAGAUAAAUAGGAACUGCUGUGAUGGGAAUGUAAAUGGUGUUUUUGUGUCCUCUGGCACUCAUCAUGAUGUUCUGUGCACCAGAAGCAGUUUGGUUAUGCUGGCCACAUGACCUGGAAAGCUUUCUGCAGACAAACAGUGGCUCCCUCACCUUGAAAGCGGAGAUGAAUGCUGCAUCCCAUAGUCAAAUUCGACUGGCCUUAACCAUCUAGGGGUCCUUUACCUUUUACCCAAUACUGCCUACACUGCCUGGUAGUAGCUCUCCAGGAUUUCAGGCAAAUGUCUCAUCCAACCCUACUUGGAGACCCCUGGGAUUGAACCUGGACCUUCUGCUUGCAAGGAAGAUGCUUACCGCUGUGCUAUGGCCUUUCCCCGUUUCCUGGUAUCCUGAUCUUCCUAGGUCCUCAAGUAUACAUGCAGUCUCCAUGGAUGCUAAAGGUUCCCCACUUCCAAAGAAACUGGGAGGAAUGCGCAACCUGGGAUGUGAUGCUAGAUCCAUUGUCCUGCAGCCCUGUUGCCCCAGCUGUCGGCUCUUCCUUCCAGUAAGCCUGAAUAGGUCUUGUGUCACACACACGGAUGUCACAGGGCAUGAGUUUCUUAGUAGUGGAUGCUGAUAAGAACUCCAUUUUGACUUGUCCAAAGAGUGGCAGAGUCCCAUUGGGAAAAUAGUGUUGAAUUGCUGCAACCUCUCCAGCGUUUAGCUGCAUGAUGUGACUUCAUGGUAAGGGUACUGAACUAAGUAGUGAUGUGGUGGGGAGAGAACCAUUUGUACUACCUUGAGCUAUUUGGAGGAAAAGCUGGAUGGAAAAAAUAAUAAGUAGAUCUUAAAGAAAAAUGCACUGAGGAAGGUAGGUGUCAGCAGCUGGAGGAACCUGGGCCAAAUCUCCCUCACUGAGAGAUACCAUCUACUGACUCCAGAGGCAAAGGCGUUGUGAUGAAAUGGGCAUUAGCAAGUGACUGGAGGAAGGCAGAAGUUGAGCUGGUGCUCUUACUCCUCACUCCUGUUCAAAGUGGCUAAAGUAAGAAGACGACAUCUCUCCUGAAAAGGGCAAACGAAACAGAAUAGCUGGCUUUGUGUCAUCAGGCACUGGGGAACAUGCUCAUCUAUAUGCACUGGAGGAACGGCUGCAGCUCAGCAAAAGAGCACAUGCUUUGAAGUAAAAGGAGUGAGGAUCAGUGUCUCCAGGUAUGGCAGGAAAAGGCUUCCGACUGAAGCCCUGGAGAGUAGCUUCCCAUCAGUGUCAACAAUAUUGAGCUAGAUGGUCUGACUUGGUAGAAGGCAUUUUCUUGUAUUUGAUGUAUUUAGCCAAUGGCAAAGUUCCCAACAGUGGGGCAACUUUGGGGGCUCCUGAUUCACAAAGCAAGGGUGUGAGGAACUAUAUAAAUCUGCAUGUGCUAUUUGUUAAACCUUGCAUCUUAAUUCCACAUAGGGGCCCUUUAUGACCAGAGCACACAUGGGGGACUUCCAUUAGCAAUAAUCAGAGUUACAUGCUCAAAUUAAAUACUCCAUAUGGUGCAUAUUACACACCACAUGGCAUUUGACUAAAAUAUGUUUUUGUUCUGCACGAAGCUGACAAAUAACCACAGAGGCGCCCCAUCCUUCUUGGAACCAACCAUUCUGAUUUGUGCUGACCACAGCCCUUUAGUCUGGGUAGGGUCAUACAGUGAAUAUUUUGCACAGCACCAGUCCCCCAAGACUACUCAUAUUGCAUAACACUUGACUCUGCAAGACACAAAGGCUACUACUGUCAUUUUAACUUCCAAGUAUGUACUGUAUAAUGUGCCUUUGCAUCAUCAACCCCCUUUGCAAGUUUUGUUAGGAGACUUGUCUAUACACUGAGCAUCUAUCUAUACACAGUCAGACCACUGGUCUAUCUUGUUGCUCAGGGGUGGGGAACCUUCUGUUUGUGUGAGAAAUAUGACCUCCCAGGCGUCUCCAUUUGGCCCAUGAAGCCAUUUUGGGCAAGUCACAGCCACUUGCUAUACAUCUGACAUUAUACAUGAUGGGUUUCAGAGGUUCAAAGAGCAAUAUAGGGCUCUUUGCAACAGGGCUUUCAUACAGCCCUGUACUGUGUUUUGAAGUCCUGACAACCUGGGCAUCAAAUCCCAGUGCGGUCUGAUAUCAUAGUGACAUCAGGUGUUUGACAGGUGGUGGUAGGGAGAUGAACAUCUGGCUCAUCUGCCAGAAAAGUUUUCCCACCCCAUUGUAGUUCUUAAGACCCUACCAACCUCUCUGCCCCCCCAUUGCUGCCUAUCAGGGAUUUCCCCCCUAAUGUACCCAGCAGGAAUUUUCUUCAGAACAGCCUCAGGGGAGGAAAGGGUUUAAUUCCCCCCCCACUCCUGCUGUGAUCCUGCUCAUUAUUAGUCCUGCCCCUCCAACAGCAGAUGCUAUUUGCAUUUUUUUUAAAAAAGAAAUGUGUGCGUUUAACAUAAAGCCUGACUGGUCCUGAUUCCUGGUCAGAAGAAUGGCAGAAUCCUCAGCCUGUGUCAUACUGAAAGGACCUUUCAGGAGAUACAGCAUAACAUGGAUACAUGGGAAAGGGUCAUACAUCUAACCUCUAACUUAAGAGACUCCUUUGGAUGAGUGGGGCAGAGUCCAGGUGCUCAGGGGCACAGCUUUGUAAACAGUGGCAGAGCCAACAGAAUCCAGAUUCUGAUGUUCGGCAAGCAGAAAGAAGGAAGUAGAAAGGCAUGGCAGCCGAUGGUUUAGGUGGCAAAAGCAGUCUGGCAAAGCAAAUACAUAUAGCACACACAUGUGCAGAAUAACUGGAGGGUAGUUAAAAUUUUGAACAAACAAACUAAAAAUACAUCGUAUUUAAACAACUUUGAUCAUGUUGCUCCUAAUUCACAGAUAAGAAAACACUGAGGUACAGCAAUUUGCAACCAUCCUAAGUUCCAAUAGUGAAUCCACAUUAGAGAAUUCUUUAAAAUAAGAUAUGCAGAAUGUUUUCCCUUCACCACUGAGCAACUGCAGCCUCACCCUAUGCUCCUCCUGCAUUCUCUCCCCCCAACCCCUUUCUUGAUGGGGUCUCUCCCUCCUCCAGUUGAAGCAGCCUGGGAGAAGCAGAGAGAACUAGGAUCUGAUUUAUAUUUAGCAAUUAGGCUUUGGGAAGAAAAACCCAGAACAACAACAACAAAGAAGCAACCUACCAUGCUAAGAACUGGAGUGGAUAUUCCUUCAUUUAUAUAGAUUUUCUGAUCAUCUCUCAAUUGGUUAUGGGUCCCUGUUUCAGUUUCCCCUGGUUGAUUGAUGCCCUGAUUGCAACUCCAGCUAUCCUGCAUUGCUAAAUUCUUCAGAGAGAAGGGAUGUUCAACAUCUUCAAAAUCGCCACAGUCGUAUCACCGUCAACAUUUUCAGGAGGCUGCAGUAAAAGUGACAUAAGCAGGAGAAGUUGGCAGUCAGAAUACCAUUGGGGGUUAAGUGUCUGCUUUGGAAUGCAUUUUGCACAUAUCAUAGUUAUACUCUGCUUGAAAGAGCUGUCCAUCCAUGUUUAAGGCACUUCAAGAAAAAAGGCAAAGAAUGCUAACUAUUUAAAAGAGGAGAAACUGAAAGCACUGCACCGUUCAAGGGCAGAUCAGGACUGUGUACACAUCAUACGUUUAAAGCACAUUAACCCCUUUCCCCGAAUCCUGGGAACUGUAGUCUACCCAUCACAGAGCUAUGUUUCAGACUCCCUUUGGAAACUACAGUUUCAAGGUUUAUUUGGGGAAGGAAAUGUGCUUUAAAUGUGUAGUGUGUACAUAGCCACGGUUGAGUGUCUGCAGUGGUAACAACAAAAAGUGAUUAUUGUAUCAGCGACAUUUUUAAAGGGCCAUAGCUGAACAAUACUGUUAAAUCUGCAGUGCUAAGAAUGGAGAUAAGCCUCUUUGAUGUUAAAAGAGUAGCAGCUAAAUUGGACUAGAGAUAAGCUUUUUAAAGAGCAGAGAAAGGCUUUUUGUGCCUGCUGGCUUUUGAGGAAUAGGCAGAAGUUUUUUUCCUGUGUUCCUACAGUGGUAAGGUAAGAGAUAUGGAAAAUGUUACCUGCAUAGGAAAAUGCUAGGUACCACAGCGCAAAGAGAGAAAAUAAACUCUGAAAAUAAGUUGUCUGAUCUUAGUACUGUGGUGCUUAGUGCUUAGACUGCAGCUAAGAGAUCAUUAGUGCUUAGAUCAGAGAUAACCAGGGCUUGGAAAGUUUGUUUUUAAAAGGCCCAUCCUUUUACAAAAGAAAUAGUUCAUGUCCAUCCAAAUUUAUAACUUUUUACAGUUCAUAAAAAAUUAGUACCGCCCUCCCCCCCUGCAUUCUGAAUGUUACAAAGCAAUGUGCUGAAGUUCAGGGUUCAAAAGUAAAUCUAAACCAAAUACAAGUAAAAAGAAGUUUGACCGACAGAAUGGCAACAGAUGAAGCUUUCCCCAUAAUUGUAUUUUCAUACUAGAAAAGACUUAUCCUGUUUAAUUUCUGUCUGUCAGACAGCUGUUAAAAGCUUUGUUCCUGUACUUGUGCUUUUUGCUGCAAGCUGUUGGAAGUCAACUUUGUUCAGCUGAACUAAUUCAUUCCAAGGGCUGGAGAUAACAGAUCUCUGCACCUGACAGGCCAAAUUCAGAAGCCUAACUAGUAUAAGUUUGCUAGUCUUUGCCUAUUUAUAUUGUCCACUAGCAAAUAUAUCAAUUAGCGCUAAAGAAAUUGUAGUUUAUUUAACCGUAUAAGGCUGUGAUCCUUAUAUCCACUUACCAUAUUUUUCGCUCUAUAAGACCAUAAGACGCACCUAGUUUUUGGAGGAGGAAAACAAGAAAAAAAUAUUCUGAAUCCCAGAAGCCAGAACAGCAAGAGGGAUCGCUGCGCAGUGAAAGCAGCGAUCCCUCUUGCUGUUCUGGCUCCUGGGAUAGUUGCGCAGCCUGCAUUCGCUCCAUAAGAUGCACACACAUUUCCCCUUACUUUUUAGGAGGGAAAAAGUGAGUCUUAUAGAGCAAAAAAUACGGUACCUGGAGUAAGCCCAGUUGAAUUCAAUGGGACUUGCUUCUGGGUUGGCAUGUAUAAGAUUGCUCUGAUCAAAUGCAUCUAAAUAAAUGUGCAAGUUACCACAACGUAGGUGGCCAUCUGAAAUACUGAAGGAGGUGAUAAUUUACUAGCUGUUAAGAAAAAUGACCGCCUUGUCAAAAGAAAAAAACAAACCUUUAAUAUUUUCUGUUUCAUUCUUGAUAUUGUAACACAUAGGAGCCGAAACAGCUUCACAAAUUAAUAUGUGCCCUCACAGAUUAAAGUUACCUCUGUCUAUUAAUCAACUAAAAUUGUAGUUGAUUAAUGUGUUUGCUAAUCUGAUUGAAUUUUGCAGCGCUUCCACCCCACCCCCAUCCCCACUGCCACUCACACACAUGUACUAUAGUAAGGAAAAAUAUUGAAGGGCUCUUUAGUGAUUUCACAGUAACCACAAGAGCAAAACUCAAGAUGUUUGUGAUGUUAACAGAAACCAGAGAUGAGAUCUAUGUAUAGGCUUAUUCAGAAUCGCCUUGAAUUGCCUUUUAUAUACUACACAGAUCACAGGAAAAAUAUUUUCUUUAAAUUCAAGUACUGUCUCCUUUCUGCCCUACAUUCCAGGAGAGGCACUGAUGUUUUCUACGUAUUGUAAAACAGGGCUGUAUUUAUUUUUUAAAUUCCAAUAUAUAUUUUACACUUAGGAAUUUAUUUAGUGAAACUUAACAGCAUAUAUCUUGUUAAACAGUCAACCUGCUGCAAAUCUUUACCUAUCCACUUAAAAUAAAGAAUUGCUAAUUUGAGGAACAGAGAAUUAGGCUUUUAAGUAGUGCUGUGAAACAGACAGGAUCACAACUUUUAAAGUUACAUCACGUUCGCAAACCAAGCAACGAGAGUUCUGCUGGAUACCCUUUUGUUAUCAGAUUGAUGAUUGCGUUUCCCUCAAGUAAAGAAAAGCUAAACAACCUAUUUGCCAACUUUAUAAAUUUUCAGUUUUAUUUGCUUGACAUGACUUUUGUGGUUAAAUUCUAGCAUUUCAAGACAAAUUAAAGGGAUAGGAAGAUGAUGAAACACGGGAAAACAUUUGCCUGGCUGAACUUAAAGCACACGUUGCUACAGGAACUUUUGGCUCUCUAAGGAUUUAGUCCCCUUUUACUUUGGCAUGAAAAUAAUUUGGUCCACUGAUCCAUUUUCUUUCCUUUUAAUCCUCCCCUCACAUGCUUCCAACAUCUUCCCAUUGUUCCUUGGCACUCCAAGUAUCCCACUUGACAAAAACUUGGGAUGCAACAUUGCUGGAGGAAUCGCGUCAUAUGAACCUAGGAAAGCUGCUUUCACACCACGUUGGGCCAAUGGUCCAAUUUGUUCAGUGCUGUCUACACUGACUGACAUCCCCAGGCAGGGCUGGGAAUGUUGUUGUUGUCCCCACCCCCACCCCAGUCUGAAAUCCUUAGAGCCACUGCUGGUCAGGAUGGGGGGAAAAAUACCAGGUUAAAUAAUGCUAGAUGGGCCUGUGGGCUGUUCAUAUGAGACUGCAAAUAUCCAACGUCAAAAGCUUUCUGAAACAGGAUUUGUAGGCUCUGCACCUGUGCCUUGGAAUCCCAAUCAUGCCAGAAGAUUCAGAUUUUGGUUAUUCAAAUUCCAGUGGUGAUCUGUGGCUCUUGCCUUCUGUUCUGCUUAAUUCACUAUGUCAUAGUUGCAAUGCCCUACAGAGACCCCUCGGUUCAGCGCCCAGUGUGGUGGAGCUGGUCACACUGCCCUAAUGCCCCCAAGGCCCCUAUGAAUGGGCAGUGGUAUGUUUGCAGAGGCCAUCUCACCUUUAGCUAAAUAUGUUGUGGGGGGGGCACUCCUCCUUUGUAUGGGAGACUAGGAGGGCAGCCUUUCUCAACCUGUGGGUCCCCAGAUGUUGUUGAACUACAACUCCCAUCACCCCUAGCUAGCAAGGCCAGAGCUCAGGGAUGAUGGGAGUCGUAAUCCAACAACAUCUGGGGACCCACAGGUUGAGAACCGCUGUAAGGUGACCCUGGUUUGGAAUUUUGUCCCCCCCCCACCCCAGACAAUCUGCAAAAACAAAGGCUUGAGGGCAUAUUUGUCCUGCCACAACUGUAAUGAAUCUGCGUUGUUUUGCUUUUAGACAAAAUGACUUGGCAUUCCUCCCACCCCUCCGUCCCCAUUCACUCUUUGGUCCAGGCCUGGGUCUGAGGCCAGAUCAGAGAGAUAAGCUGUCCUUUUGCAGCUCUGCUUGGACUUUUACAGCUUGCACCUCCACGCAGAGAUCAGAAUAUAAGGUUGCAGCUGCACACAUACCUAACUUUUUGAGCUAAGGAAUGAGGCCCCUUUCAUAGGCACAUUCACUAGGAAAAUAACGGGUAAGAACAGUUGCAAACAUCCAUCAGGAAAAAAAUGGUAGAAGGCAUUUAGCUCCUCAUAAAGCAAAACUUUAACUUGGAGAAGAUUUGACACAGCAGUAAAGCACACACUAUUUCUCUUUCAUAUAUCCUUUUUUAAAAAAAAUAAUGAGGAUAGGCUCUUAAAUUUUUCCUUUUACUUUCUAUUAAAAGCAAAUCAGAUUGAUGAAGUAAAAUUCCCAUGGACUCUCAGAAUAUAUUUCACUUUACACUUGCUUUCUUUAUGCGAUGAAGCAGAAAUCCUCCGCAUUGGUUUCAUAAUUCCCACAAAAUUACAGCUCAUGGUGUUUUCAGUUUGGGGAGCAUGCAUGCACAUUCUCCUCAGCCUAAUUUUAUUUAGAAAACAACCAGUUCAAGCCCUCACCCAGCCCUGAAGUCCAUGGGGGGUCAUCUUGGGCCAGUUACUAUAUCUCAGUCUAGCCUACUUUAUAAGGUUGUUGUGAGAUAAAGCAGGGUGGGUAGUGGGAAUGCAUGCAUCUUUUGUUCAUUUGAGGAAAGGUCAGAUAGAAACAUCAUUAAGCAAUAGUAACAGGAGUGGCACGUGGCCAGGUGCAAGACAGGAUAGAAAUGUGAAACUCGGGUUUUGGUUUGGGGAUGAAUUGGUUCCCUAGGAGCUGUGUCCGUAGGAGUGACUGGCAUUCCAGGAAGCAGAGCAUUUAGUCUAAACAGAAUCACAGCACUAGUUCAAUUGGGUGAGGAAAGCCCUCUAACUCAGCAGCAUGAAUAUCAUGCUCGAGAGCAACUUUGCAAAAUUGUUUUAUUUUUGUUCUGCAUGUCAAAAAGCAGCAGCAGCAGAGAGGAUACACGAGUAAUUCUUGUGACAUCUCUGCAUGCUUACAGUGUCAUGCACAAUUUAGUCAAUAAAGAUGACUGGCAGAAGGUGCAGGACUGACAUCUGUGUCCCACAAUUUGACGUGAUAGAGGUUUAUAAAAUGACAAAUGGGGAGGAGAGCACAGACGGAACUUUUUCUCUCUCAUAAUUCUAGAACUCGGAGUCACCCAAAGAAGUUGACUGGCAGCAGGUUCAGGACAGACAGAAGGAGGUACUUCUUUGCACUGUGCAUAAGUAGCUUGUGGAACUCACCAUCACAAGAUGUGUUGAUGGUCACUAGGUUAGGCAGCUUUAAAAAUUAAGGAAAUCCAUGGGGCCUACUUCUUACUGGUUGCUGUCUAUAGUACCCCCACGAACCUCUGAAUAUCAGGUGCUGGGACUGAUGCCCUGAUGCAAAAGUCCAGAGGAUCUGUUGGAGACUAUUUGAAAAAACAAGAUGCUCAGCUAGAUGGCUCUUGAUGGCUCUUUUAGGUGCAAAGGGCAGAAUUAUGCAUCUCUUUCACACUGAAAGAUGCACAAUGAACUUCAACUUCCUGUACGUUUGGAACUGAAAGGGAACUGCAGGAACAGUUUGGGAUGUUGGAUGCAGGGGUCCUCUAAUUCAGCUGACUUUUGAGCACACAGGGCUUAUUCCUAGAAGACAAUCUGAUGCCCAUAAAUCAGCUUCCAUGGACACAUUGCUCUCACUGGAGCCAGGUGAAAAGUUGGUUGUCACACAGUCUUGUGAUUACAACCGCAAAAACCAUUUCCCUGGAAACCUAUCCUGUUUUGAUUUUGAACAUUUUUGUACAGGCUGUGCAAGGUGCUCCUAAACAAGCAAACCUUUGGACCCCUGUUGGCACCAGGUUUGUCAUUUCCACAGAAAUAAAUGUUCUACAGUUCCGUGAACGGCAGAUGUGCCACCCGAUUGCCCGAAAAUGGACCAAAUGAAGCAGAAAGCUAUGUUAAGGAGGGGGGUGGCGGCGAUUGUGCACAUUUAAUCUUCUUUGUUUCAUAUGUUCCAGAUUCAGAAUAAUUUGUGGGCAGGAAAUGCAGCGAGCGGUUCGGUGGUGACUUCCUGCAUGCUUCCACGGGAGACCUCCUCUUGUAUGACCCCUUACUCUCAUUCACCUCGGACAGAUUCUGGGUACUCGGGUUUUUCAAACCACCAGAGCCAAUUCAGCCAUGUUCCCCUCAACAAUUUCUUCACUGACUCUUUACUUUCUGGAACCACCAAUGGACAUGCAUUUGAAACCAAGCCGGAAUUUGAACGGAGGUCUUCCAGUAUUGCAGUUCUACGAAUGAAAGCCAAAGAACAUACCGCUAACAUCUCCUGGGCCAUGUAAUGUAAGAGAAUGUCCUUCUUUUUCAGAGUUCAGGCAAAAGGAAGAAGAAGAAAAACACCCACCCACCAUCGUUUCUUAUUUCCCAUAUUUAAAGGACCCAAUCAUAAGCUGCUGUGUGAAGAAUUGCUACCGAUCAGGAGAUAGAAAGGAGCCCGCUUAAGCCAGAUGCCUGAUAUGCUAUUUAACAAUCACAUUUUUAAGCAUAAACAUGUAGGAGGACUCAAAAUAGAACCACCAUGUGCCAGUCUCCAGAAGCCCUCUUAAAAAAUAGCCAAAUAUGUUGUACUGUACUGG